AUGUCGGAAGGAUACCGUGCGAUUGCAGUCGUCAUACUGCUGCUAGCAAUGGUCUGUCAGGGUACGGUCGGUGAACCUGAUCCUGGACCGGCCGGUGCCGGUGCGACACCGAUCAAGCUGGAUGACUACGUGCUCAACACCCAGUCGGAGUGCUACAAGUCAAAGCGAUUGCUGUCCUGCUUCAAGUAUCGAUUUUCGCGUUACCUUUGGUCGUUCGCUACCGGACGGAUGAACUGGUUCGCGGCCGAAAAUCAGGCGGUCGAAAGCACCGGCGGAUUGAAGUUGGUGCGAUUGAACGAACCGAAGGAGGACGAUGUGUUUCCGGAAGCGCGACAAAUUAGCCCGUACGAUAGCGAAUUAAUUAAAGGCGCCAAGUUUCUGCAACGAUCCCUCAAUACCUUCAUCGCCAGCCACGGGGUGCAGGUGGGCAUGGGUGCGGAAAGUGGAGCUCGGUUUCUGGCGGACGAAGAUUUCGAAGCUCGUGGCAAGAAGCAGAAGCAGCGAAAGUGGAGCCUUAUUCUUCCGCUGGCUGUGAUGCUGAAGUUGGUACAUCUGAAGUUGCUGCUCAAACCGAUCCUGCUCGGUGUGGGACUGAUUCAGGUGCUGCUGAUUGCUGGCGGUCUGCUGAUCUUCCACUUCUUCCGUAACACGAACAUCUGCAAGAUUCAGCCACACGUCAUUCAUGCCCAUUCUCAUAUCUCGAGCGAAUCCAGUCCUGAACUGUCCUAUGCCGCGUACGGAGCGUACCCAUCCUAUUCGGCCUCUCCCUACAAUGCGUACAGCAAGGAUUGGGCCAGCAACCGGGCGUACAGCGGCUACAGCUUCCUCGAUGCCAUCGAUAAUCAUAAAAUCUAG